CAACCACAGCCGUUUAAGCGCUCUGCGAAUUCUCGCCUCCACAUUCUUUCCCGGCAUGACACGUUAACGCGUGCACGAGUGGAAAGAUGCUUUCUGCGUUAUUACUAGUAGCGAUCACUACAUAUCCCCCCCUUGCACGAGCUUCUGUGCAAACACCCACUCUUAAGUCAUGCUCAAGUUCGGAGAAAGUUAUGCUCAGCGACCUCUCGAUACAAAACGCAAAGCUUAACCAGAAGAUGACCGUAAACUUCUCAAUUACGAUCAACGAGCCACUCGAAUCUAAUCCCAAGCUACAAGUGACACUCACAAAAAAGGAUGGUCGGGAAGUCGUCUGCUUGCUCUACAUCGGCUCAUGCACGUACAACCUCUGCGGGAAAAGUAAUAUAGUUGAGCAGACUCUCGGUGAGUCGUGGGGCAACAAGUGCCCCGUUCCAGCAACUACGCUUCAAAAGACCGUUGACGUCCCGUUGCCGUCCCUCCUGGGGACUUUCAUUGGUAAACUUCCAACGACUUUAACUGUGCGGCUUAACGUCACCAACGGCGGCAAGACGGUUGGAUGCCAGUUCUUCAAGGUCGACAUAGCAGGAGCUUGAGAAAACGUAGCAGGAGUUUGAGAGAAAUAGCUACGAAUGUUGGGAGAGGUCAAAGAUAUACAGGCAUUAAUUUUGAGAAAAUCGUGGAUAAACCGCCGAGGUCCGGCAGGACCGUCUUCCAACCAUUUGUGCUAAAAAAAAAAAGUUGUAUAAGAACGUGGCGAAAGAACUUGCUAUGGUAGUAGAUGGACGUUCUGUUCACGAACUCAUGGAUACAAUGUGGAAAAUAAUGGAGUCACCUGUUACCAUAAUGAACGAUCAAUAACUUUGAGAUAUCUUCGCUUAUUUGAAUACAGAUAUAUUAGGCGAAAUCGACGUUUUAGUUUGUACUUGUACUCGUUAAAACACGCCGUGUAUAUCUUGAGUUGCACAAAUAAAGAUGCGAUCUUUAA